AUGUCAAGUCCACAAAAAUAUAACCGAUAUUUUGGAAAAUAUAAAAAUUCUAAAGCUGUUCUGGAGCCCAAUAUAUCCGGUAUAUUUGUUAGUUGUAUUAAAACGAAAGAAUCUUUGUGCAUUAGGGAAUGCUAUGAUUUAUUUGAUGAGUACGCGGAUAAGAUUUAUAAGUCUACGGAUGAAAAUCCUAGAGUUGAUGAAGGAGGAUCAGAUAAAGACGAUGUGGAAACUUCAAUUGCUAAAGAAAUUGCCCAAAUGAAACGACCCCAUAAAUCGCGUCGUUUUGCAUCAAUACAAACUGGAGCUAAUUGCGUCGUAUUCAUCAAGACAAAUCCUCCUAUAAACCCUGUUCAACUCGUUCAUUCUAUUUUGACCGAUUUGUACAAUUCAGGACAAAAGAAAACUAGACAUAAUCAUAAUGUAGAUAGAAUGGAAUUAAUUACAAUGAUUGCAAAAUUAGUUGGUGAUCAACACAUAGUAAAUCUCGAUGAUCCAGAAUUAGUGAUAAUUGUGGAUGUGUUCAAGAGUAUUUGUGGAAUGAGUAUUCUCGAGGAUUAUAAUAAGUUGAAAAAGUACAAUAUAGAGAAAAUUUUCGAAGAAUUAAACGAAAAGAAAGGUGAGGGAAGCAGAAUAGAUAAAAGUGAGCAACAG